GGAGGAUCAUGGAUUGUUUGACGCUUGGCAGCGGAUUUAUGGAAGGGACAAAAUUAGUUAGGAAAUUUUUGCUUCCACGCUCCAAGUCCCUAGUCUCAGCCUGCUCGCAUGCUGAAGCAGGGAGACCGGCGGAGCGAACUGGUGUUGCUCAUGCAGUCGCUGAUCAGUCGACUCACCAUGAUCAUUGAGUCAAGAUUCAUGAAGGGCAAAGAAAGAACUCCAAAAAUAAAAAGUCAGAAGUUUU